AUGCCCAAAGUUUCCAAGAUGUUUGACCCAGAUGCACCAGGUAUGAACAAGCAGCUGAUGCUUGAUUGGAUGCAUAUCAAUCACCCAAUGACUCCUAUCAAAACCGGCGCGAACAAGGACGAGGUGGCGAGGAAGGUGAGAGAGGUGCAGCCUGAAUUUUUUGGUAAUCCGAAUGGUGAUGGCAGUUAUGAUGCCGUGAACCAAUCAAGAAACUCAGCCCCGCCGGAUUCUUCAACCAGUCUAGUGACAACUACUCCUGCCAAACGAAGCCGCUCUGAUAAAAAGAGAUGUGCUUCUCCCAACGAUAGCAAAACAGCCUCGAAGAAACGUACAGUAUCCGCCAAGGUGGCAUCAACUAAUGGCCCAGCCCGCUCUGCAAUCAACAAGAAGACGGUGCGAUUCCGUAGCAUCUUGAAUGGAGAACUCUCAGUCUCACAAUCGGGUGACCAUGUCCAAUCGACGAGUCAAAAUGCUAGCAAUCACAUUCAAGACUUUUCACAGACUCCUUUGGUCGAACCACAGAAACCCGCGCUAUCUGAAGGCGCAACACAAGACCAAAAACCAGUUCUUGAAUGGACUACUCGAGGCAAUCAAAAGGUUAAUCAGAAAGUACGAAAAACGCCUACUCCGUCAAACAAUCAAGGCACUGGAUUAUUCGUCUCUUCACCCUCUCUCGAAUCACCUAUGCCAAAAUUACCACCCACACUUGUUAAAGAUGAGAGAGGCGUGCCUGUGAAAUUUAUGGAUCACACCUUGCUUGGAGGACAAAGGGCCAACACCAACAAAAAAGAUCUUAUAACAUUUGCCGAUAAGGACUGGUUUGAAAUGGACAACAUUGUCAAUGGGAGAGACAUUGCUCCCAUAUCACCAAAUAGAUCCACGGUCGAAGAAUUGAACUGUAUCUUGUCAAGGACUGAAAAGAAGAGGGAUGGGGCGGAGGUUUUUCAAGAUGAAAGACGAAGAAUUGAUCAAAUCUUUGCGCUUGAAGAGCGUAUGUCGGGCGUGGAACUCAUUACCGGUGAUUGGAAGGCUCUUCAAGAUCGUAUGAUGAAGCUCGAGCACAAGGCUUUUGGAGAAAUCAAACGGCUUGAAGAAAAAUUCAAAGCUGAUAUCACAGCGCUCAAUGAAGAGGUGAAGAGGUUGAAGUCUGAAUUGACGAAGGCUAAUGACACGAUUGAGACUUGUAAUAAGGCGCUUGUACACAUUCUUUCAGAGGGAGAUGGUGAGUAUGGACCGUCUGAAGGCGGUGACAAUGACAAUGAUGAAGACGAAGAUGAAUCCAGUGGUGGAAGCGAUGCCUCUUUCGGAAGUUGA